AUGACGCCGUCUGAGACUGGAGGAGCUCCCAGUAGCUCCCGCCGUUUGUUGCGACCCAAAUCAUGGCUGACACUGCAACUACAGCUCCGACAGGCAACUUUUGUCCUUCCACGAACCGGUCAGCGCUUAAAGGGCCUCGUGAGCUUGCGUAACCCCACACGAAGAUCAACGGCGAUAGAUGAAGAUGAUGAAGCGCGCGAGGAGCGACGAGGUCUGCUGUCGGGCGAGAUCGAGACACACCAUGAUGGAUAUGGGACGUGGCUGUCUAAACAGGCACAGGAGCUAUGGGCAAGCUUGCACCGCUUCGUGGCCUCCGAGCAGGGCAUUGGAGUCUUGAAAUGCAGUCUAGCCUAUCUGCUUGGGUCUAUGGCGACGUUUAUCCCAGCUUUAUCCGCUUUUCUGGGUCACCAGGAUGGGAAACAUAUGGUCGCGACGGUGACUGUUUACUUCCAUCCGGCGAGAUCCCAGGGUAGCAUGUACCGCGCCUUGAUUUGCGCGCUGCUUGCGUUUUUCUACUCGGCCUUCUUGUCGAUUACCAGUAUGCUGGUCGAGAACUUUUUCCAGGACACGCUGAAUCUACCUGCGCUGGGUCACGCCGUGGUGCUGAUUGUGUUCUGUGGUGGUGGCCUGGGCUUCGUCGGGUGGACUAAGCAAAGACUUGGAGAUCCACUGGUGAAUGUGGCCUGCUCGCUCACGGCGCUGUCGACUAUCACAGUCUUGACGAAAGAAGGCGCCGUUCAGAGCGGUGAUCUAUCCUUGAAUAAGAUCAUCCAGGUCUUGAAGAUGGUUAUCAUGGGCGUCAUAUUCGCGGGCGCCGUCUCAUUUUUGAUAUUCCCCAUCUCUGCGCGGAAGAAGCUCCGCGCAAAUUUGGUAACAACUACAAAUACGCUGGCUAUUAUGCUGGCUAUCAUUACGGAGAGCUUCCUCAGCGGGUCUGAGGACGAGCUCAAGUCCGCAGAGUUCAUCGAGGCGGAAACCAAGCACCGAAAGGCCUACAGCCAGCUAGAUAAGCUAGUGCGCGAGGCAAAACUGGAGCACUACUUUGCAGGCACGGAACGAGAAUAUCGAUUGGAGAAGAAGUUGGUGCGUUGGGUGCAGGAUAUUACUCACAACAUGGGUGGCUUGCGCAGUGCCGCUUCUCUUCAGUUCAGCCUGAUUCGUGAAACCCUUGCUCGCGAGUCGCAGACAUCCGAUGGACAGCAGAGCGCUUUUCCAACGGAGUACUUUGCUUCAUUGGAACGCUCGUGGUCUUUCCCCGAUGGGUCUUUCUUGGAGCCGAUUGAUGAGCGUCCAGAGGAAGAGCUCUCGCCGAGUGGAGGGUUCAGUACCCCGAAUUCGGAUGGAAAACUGGAGUCUGCGAAACACCCUCUGCUCCCAGCCGAUGUAUUUACCAUCUUCAUUUCCCAUCUGGGACCGGCCAUGCGCUCUCUCGCCUUCACUUUGAAAGAAAUCUUUAACGAGAUCCCAUUUGGUCCAGCUCCACACUAUAAAGUCUCUGUGGACAGUCGACUAGUGACGAGUCUUGACCGUGCUCUGGAUCUCUACCAGGAGUCCCGAGCAAAGACCCUGAAAUCGCUCUAUCAGCAGAUUGAAACUAUCAAGCUGAAGACGCAUGAGGCAGAAGCCGAUCUGGAAGAGGUGUCUGCGAGCUGUGGCCACUUUAGUUUUUCACUUCUGGAAUUUGGUGAGCAGCUGCACGAAUUGCUCGCAGUCUUGGACCAGCUCCAGCUCGAAACCGAGGAGAGACCCGGUGGGCGGUCUUGGAGCUGGCUCAAAUUUUGGCGAGCCAAAGAUACCAACGCCGGUGAUGAGCCUACCUUCCUGGCUCCGCCUAGGCCGGAUGCUCGAGUGUCUCCCGCUGUGCGUGCUCGUCUGUAUCCAAGCGCUGAGGCGUCAGUUAAACAGCGACUGGGCUAUCGCCUUUGGAAAUCUCUCAAGUGCUUCCGCCGAGAUGACACUCGAUACGCGAUCAAGGUCGGUGCUGGCGCGGCACUCUACGCAUUGCCUGCGUUUUUGCCUUCCACGAGACCUUUCUAUCAACAUUGGCGCGGCGAAUGGGGUUUGUUGUCGUACAUGCUGGUCUGCUCGAUGACGAUUGGUGCUUCGAAUACCACGGGCUACGCUCGUUUCCUCGGUACUUGCUUGGGAGCAGCUUGUGCCAUCUUGUCCUGGUACAUUUCCCGCGGUAACGCCUAUGGUCUCGCCAUCUUUGGAUGGGUGAUGGCUAUUUGGAUCUCCUACAUCACCAUUGUCCAGGGGAACGGCCCCUUGGGCCGGUUUAUCAUGCUCACGUAUAACCUGUCCGUGCUGUAUGCCUACUCGCUCACGCAGAAAGAUGCGGACGGCUCGAAAGACGAGGGUGGCCAAAACCCCGUCAUUGGCGAGAUCGCGCUACACCGAGUGGUGGCGGUGCUCUCGGGCUGUAUCUGGGGUAUCAUCAUCACGCGGGUGAUCUGGCCGAUCAGUGCGCGAAGCAGGUUGAAAGAUAGUCUCAGCAUGCUCUGGCUGCGACUGGGCUUAGUGUGGAAGCGUGACCCGCUAUCAGCGAUGGUCAAGACAAAGCGUUCCGUCGUAUACAUGACUGCUCGUGAAAAGCUCGAACUCGAGCGCUUCCUCUCCCGCUUGGAGACGCUGUUGGUCUCGGCGGGUUCGGAGUUUGAGCUACGCAGUGCGUUUGCAGAUGAUACUUAUGCGAGUAUCAUUCGCCGUACUCGGAGCAUGGUAAAUGCGUUCCAUGCGAUGAACUUGGAACUGAUGAAGAGUGAGACUGCUACCGAUGGCGAGAUUAGUCUCCUGAGGUAUACUGCGCAGGAACGACAGCAGCUGUCUGCUCGGAUUAGCCAUCUUCUUACGGUUAUGGCCUCAUCCAUGAAACUCGAAUACCCCCUGAGCGAUGUGCUUCCCAGCAUUGAUCAUGCUCGUGACAGGUUGUUGGCGCGCAUUUACCGGUAUCGCCAGGACCAGGAAGUCUCGCUAUUGACAACGGAUGAAGAUAGUGCAUUGUUGUCUGCGUAUAUUCUCGUGACUGGUCAAUUGUCGAAAGAGAUCAGCGAGAUUCUUGCAGACAUCGGACAGCUCUUUGGAGUGCUGAGUGAGGAUGUCUUGCAGAUGGCGUAG